GGAAAAAAAAUCCUCCACAAUUCAAUUCUACUGCCAAAAGGAGCUUCUAAUCCCCACCUGACCUGCCACAGAGCCUUUCCAUGAGGGAUUCAACAGGCACUGUGUGCUUACGAUUGUGUUACCUCUAGUUAGUCCUUCAGGGAUUAGGAUAACAAUUUGCACAGGAUUUUAAGGAAAGAUUAUCAAGCCUAUCUACUCAAAGUUUUUCACAUAGUGUUUAUUAAGACCUGGCUAUAACCUCCAGUUUAAUAUAGGCUCUGAAGAUAAUAAUCUUUAUCAAGAGAAAUCAGACUUGGUGGAUGAUGGUGUGCUUAAAAUGAGAGAUGACCUUUAGAUGUUGCAACUGAAUGAAGAAAGGCUUUAGGCACUUGAUGUGUCAGGUGCCUUUUAGGCACCGGUCAUCCUGCCAGAGAAGAGGGUUGUGCUGACAACCUUACCAAGUCCCCAGCAAAGCCACUUAGAGAUCUGAUAUUUCUCCUGUGGUCAAAUCAUUCUGGGACAAGGGCUGGAAAAAAUCGCUCAAUGCUACAAACUUGACCACCACAAAAAGAGAAUUUCUCUCUCCUGGACCAGCCAAACCUGUUGGAAGUCAGCAUCCAUAAUGCAGGGGUUCUGCUGGCAUGUGGCAGCAAAGAUGAGCCUGGGAUUUCUAUGUCUCUUUCUGGUUUUCAGCACAGCUUCGUGCAUAAAAAAAGAAAAUAAGAAAGAGAAGCAGGUGGCAGUGCUGGCUACUGCAGAGCUGCCUGCAAAGUCCCUGGACCUGUCUGCUAUUAACCUGACAGAGCUGGUGAACGGGAUGCUGAGCACUGCUCUCAGAGGUACCAAAAAACUCUUCUCUUUGCUGAGUGUCACCUCUUCCAGCUCGUUCGCCUUCCACAAAGUGUCAGUCACCAUUUAUAACAUCUCUAAUGCAAAAAAUAUUGACCCUGGCAAGUUCCCUAUGCACUACUGCUACUGUUUGAACAAUGUGACAAAUGGCUUGACAGAUUUUACAGCUUUACUUGUUGAUAUCAUUGGAAACACCACCAGUUAUCUCACAGAAAUUUUCAAAUCCACUUCUAUUCUCUCAGUGCAUCAGAGCAAUGACUCUGAUUGUAUCUACAUCUGUGUGAUGGCAGGGCAGACAGGGAAAAAUCUGUCUGAUUUUUUGGAAAUACUAGAAAAGUCUCCUGUUAUUAAUUACACAUUUUCCAGUAACACAUCAUCUGACCUGGACUUAGAUUCGGUAUUCUCAAGUUUCGAGAAAUUGCAGGAAGACCCAAACAAGACAUUGGAUUCAUCAGCAGAACACGUGCGGACAUUUCAAUCUACCAGGAUCCCUCUCACCCAGAAAGAUGGGGAAAUCCCCACCACGAAGUUCCCACUGUGGCCAAAGACAGUUGGAGCCAAAGGAUCGUGGUUUCCAUCACCCCACGUGGAUGCUCUCAGGCCCCAGGGCACGGCCGGACCCCCUCUGAGCCCUGGGGGGAGCUCAGCCCCGCCGCCGGCCCCGCAGCCCAGCCCCAGUGACGUGUCCAUGCUUUGGAUGCAGACAAUGUCUCCACAAGAAGCCAGCAAAGUGAUGCAAACAGAGCCAGAUUUGCCUUCCUCAGUACUGUCUAUUCCACCUUCCUACAGACCAGCUGUGACACUGAAAUUUUACUCAGCUACCAGGUGCCCACAGGCGGUGCUCAGAGAGCCCCGUGUGACCUCGCCUCCUGUCACUCUCAUAGUGCAGAAAAUCAACCCCUGUGUGAUGGAGCUCUGUAGGUUCUUUCAGCUGUGCCUCUGUGUUGGUCAGAGAAGAUACUCCAGAAAGGAAGCCAUGAGGUACUGUGUUGAAUACUAUUCCUGGUUUGUGAAAAAUGCAAGUUAUGUCUGUGAAAGAGUCAAAAGGGUUACUUACUCCCACACAUUAAAGCAAAAAUGCCUUAAAAACAUCUGUACAUCAGUUUAGAGCACUGAGAAAUUUUACUGCAAGUUGGAAGACUGGUGGCAGUUUUAGUUGUCUUUUUGAUUUCUCAGUGUAAAAAUCAGAAAGCAACAUGUUAUUUGCAAAUAUUUGAAAUAAGACAAGCUAUUAGCCAGAUGUUAACCUAGAAAUGUCUCCUCCUCCAAGGCAUUGUAAAAAUAAUGUGUAAAAACAGAUAUAUUUUACACAAGUGAUGUAACUGCAAUAAAAGCAUUGAAAGGC